AUGUGUGAAGUGUUGUACAAAAAGAUAAAAGAAACAGAAUGUGAAUCUAAUUUACAUGUAUCAAACAAUAAGAUACUGUUUGAUUGGAUAUAUAAAGUAAUAAAAGAUGGAAUACCCGUACCUAGUUCAUAUUAUUCAAAUGAAAAAAUUGUAGAUAAAGAAACAAAUAGAUAUGUAUUAACAGAAUAUAUAUAUGAUGCUGAUAAUAUAAUAUAUAAAGUUGAAGCGCAUACAAAAAUAAAAUUAGAAAAAAUUGUAAAUGCGAGAGUAAAAUGUUUAGAAGAAGAAUAUUUAAUUAAUAAUGAAGUAGAAAAAUUAUAUUUAGAUGAUAAAUAUAAUGAAUUAGAUUCCAUACAAAUAUAUAUAUCAUACAAUAAUUUUUCAAAUGUAUGGAAUGAAGAUACUAUGCAAUAUUUUAUUAAAUGUUAUAAUGACAAUACUUUUAAAACACAUAUUCAUAUUUUGGAAAAAGAAGAAUUUGGUUAUGAUCUUCAAAUAGAAUUAUAUGAGAUACCAAAAAAUCCAAUUCAGUCUUUUUUAACUUCUAAUCAUUUAUCAAGAAUUCGAGAAGCUUUAUUGUCUGGUCCUUUUAUGCAUUUUUUUUUAACAAAAAUAAAUUUAUCAGAAAAUAUUUUACAAAAAUUUAUUAUUAGAAAAAAUGAAGUUAUAUAUAUAACUAAAAUUGAUAGUUGUAUACUUAUUAUUAUUUCUAUACAUUAUCAAGAUAUAUAUGAUAAAUAUAUUGUUUUAGGUUUGUGCAAAAAUAUUCAUCUUGUUACUAAAACAAUGGAUCUAUCUGGCAACUUAGAUUGCACAUUUUAUUCAAAUUUCCCAUCUCACUUAAUAAGCCCUGAUUUAUUUAUUUAUGAUGCCAAUGAGGAUAGAGAUAAUUACGACGCUGCUGUAGUUGAACGUGGCAAAAAAGAGGGAAAUGGCGAAAAUGGCGAAAAUGACGAAAAUGGAAAAAAUGGCGAAAGUGACGAAAAUGGAAAAAAUGGCGAAAAUGAAGAGGAUGAUAGGCCGAAAUUCCCGAAUGUCGGAUUUAUGUCAAUAAAAGUGGAUGUCAAAUUAUUUAAUAAUUGUAAAGAAUUUUCAGAAUUAAUUAAAAUAGCUAGUAGAAUAUCUCAUAUUAUUGUCUCUUUCAGAGAAUUUCUGAACAACUCUUUGGUCCUAUAUCGAAUUAAGCAAAGGCGAAGUGGUUAA